GGGGGCAGGGUGCCUGCGAUUGGUAAAGCUCCACGAAGGCAUCUGCCAGCAGGACUUAGAGGAAUGUGAAACCAAAUCAUUUAGAAGUUAAAGAUAGACGCAGAAUACACAGCAUCUUGAGCCAAGGUUUAAAUUCAUCCCUCUUCUGCCUGGCUUCUCGCAAAGUUCUGCUUGUCAGCUUGCCUCUGUCUCCUCUAGCAGCUGUAAUAUUCCCUAAAAAAUAACAUCAUUCUGGAUUCCUGGGAAUUACUAAGGUGGCAAAAGAGAUCAUGGUGCAUACAGUGGGGAUCUGAUCUGGGCACUCUGAGGCAGACGAAGCAGGGAACAGAGCAAGCGAUCGGAGGAGCAUCAUUUCUGCGGAAUGAUUGAAGAUUGUGGGAAAAGAGGAAAUACCAUGGCAGAAAGAAGGCAGCUGUUUGCAGAAAUGCGGGCUCAGGAUCUGGAUCGCAUCCGUUUGUCCACCUACCGAACAGCAUGCAAGCUUCGAUUUGUUCAGAAGAAAUGCAACUUGCACCUGGUGGACAUCUGGAAUGUGAUCGAAGCCUUGCGGGAGAACGCCCUGAACAACCUGGACCCCAGCAUCGAACUGAACGUGGCUCGCCUGGAGGCUGUGAUUUCAACCAUCUUCUACCAGCUCAACAAACGGAUGCCCACCACCCACCAGAUCAACGUGGAGCAGUCCAUCAGCUUGCUGCUCAACUUCCUGCUAGCGGCCUUUGAUCCGGAAGGACAUGGUAAAAUUUCCGUUUUUGCUGUCAAAAUGGCUUUGGCAACUCUUUGUGGAGGAAAAAUCAUGGACAAAUUAAGAUAUAUUUUCUCCAUGAUUUCUGACUCCAGCGGGGUGAUGGUUUAUGGCAGGUACGACAUGUUUCUGCGCGAGGUUCUCAAGCUGCCCACCGCUGUCUUCGAGGGGCCUUCCUUUGGUUACACUGAGCAGUCUGCAAAAUCCUGUUUCUCACAGCAGAAAAAAGUCACAUUAAACACUUUCUUGGAUACUCUCAUGUCUGAUCCCCCGCCACAGUGUCUAGUGUGGUUACCACUUCUGCAUCGACUGGCAAAUGUUGAAAAUGUCUUCCACCCCGUCGAGUGUUCCUACUGCCACAGCGAGAGCAUGAUGGGGUUUCGCUACCGCUGCCAGCAGUGUCACAAUUACCAGCUCUGUCAGGACUGCUUCUGGAGGGGCCAUGCCAGCGGUUCCCACAGCAACCAGCACCAAAUGAAAGAGUACACGUCAUGGAAAUCACCUGCUAAGAAGCUAACUAAUGCACUUAGCAAGUCUUUAAGCUGUGCUUCCAGCCGUGAACCUUUGCACCCAAUGUUCCCUGACCAGCCUGAAAAACCUCUAAACCUGGCUCAUAUUGUGCCCCCCCGACCUGUAACCAGCAUGAACGACACACUCUUCUCCCAUUCUGUUCCCUCAGGAAGUCCCUUUGCAAACAGAAGCUCUCCUUCCAAGAAUACUGAAGUAGAGCAGAACAAACUGCUGGCUAGGGCUGCUCCAGCUUUCUUGAAAGGCAAAGGGUUGCAGUACAGCCUGGAUGUUGCAGACAGGCUGGCUGAUGAACACGUGCUCAUCGGGGUCUAUGUCAACAUGCUGCAGAGCAGCCCCGCACGCGUCCUUGACAGUGCAAGUCGGCUGGAUGAAGAACACAAGCUGAUCGCCAGGUACGCAGCAAGGCUGGCAGCAGAAACUUCUUCAUCACAGCCGAGUCAGCAGAGAGGGGCAUCAGAUAUCUCCUUCACCAUUGAUGCAAACAAGCAACAAAGGCAGCUGAUUGCAGAGCUGGAAAAUAAAAACCGAGAAAUCCUGCAGGAGAUUCAGAGGCUGCGACUUGAACAUGAGCAAGCGUCUCAGCCCACACCAGAGAAGGCCCAACAAAAUCCCACUCUCCUUGCAGAGCUGCGGCUCCUGAGGCAGCGGAAGGAUGAGCUGGAACAGAGGAUGUCUGCUCUCCAGGAAAGCAGAAGGGAGCUGAUGGUUCAGUUGGAAGGCCUCAUGAAACUGCUGAAGACGCAGGGGGCCGGCUCCCCACGCUCCUCGCCCAGCCACACCAUCAGCCGGCCCAUUCCCAUGCCCAUCAGGUCUGCCUCUGCCUGCUCCACCCCGACCCACGCACCUCAGGACUCUCUGACCGGGGUGGGAGGUGAUGUGCAGGAAGCCUUUGCACAAAGUGCAAGACGAAACUUAAGAAAUGAUUUGCUGGUGGCAGCAGAUUCAAUCACCAACACCAUGUCUUCUUUGGUAAAAGAACUAAAUUCUGAAGUGGGCAGCGAGACAGAGAGCAAUGUGGAUUCUGAGUUUGGCCGGACUCAUUUUGAUGAUCUGGUUCCCUCCCCAACAUCUGAGAAGGCUUUCCUGGCACAGAUCCACGCCCGGAAGCCAGGAUACAUCCACAGCGCUGCUGCCACCGGCUCCAUCCGCAGUGACAUGGUUACAGAAGAUGGAGACCCCUAUGUCAGAGCAGAUGAUGAAAAUUACGAGAACGACUCUGUCCGCCAGCUGGAGAAUGAACUGAAAAUGGAGGAGUACCUGAAGCAGAAGCUGCAGGAUGAGGCGUACCAGGGAAGCUGCAGUCAGACAGACAAUGAAAGCUACGUAAGAACUGAUGAUGAGGAGAGCUGCUUUCGGACAGACGAUGAAGAAAACUCAGCUGCAAACUUCACAGAAGAGUGGAACCAAGAGGUGCAGCGUCUCUUGACAAAAAAAUCACAUAACUAAGUUCUGAGGACUGUAGCACAGUACUUUUGUUCUAAGAGUUGUAGUUUGUAGAUGUGUGUUUUUUGACAACAAGACUUUUGUUUAAAGCUAACUUAUAUUAGCUACAUCUUCUGUAACAUGGCUCAUUACUGGCGAAGCAAACUGACUGACGCGCGUGCUGCUGUCACACACGGCGGCGCUGUUAAUAACUCACGUGAACCCUUUGCACAUGAUAUUGAACCUGUUCAGUUUACAAUGACAAUACUGUUUAUAGUUAGAAAUUUGAUUUCUGAAUACUUAGAGAUUUUAGUAGAUCAGUUUACUAUACACUGUACAUUUUUUUUUUUCCCCACGGGAGAAAUAAAAAGCGACAAUUAUGCAUUUAACACUGAACGAUGAUACUCCUGAGUGUAUAUAUCUAGUAGCCCAAAAAACAAAGUACCAGACUAUAUUUGCAAUUUGUUUGCAAGUCUUUAAAUUAAGGCUUAUACGAAAUGUACUAAAAUAAUAAUAAUAUAAUUAAUAAUAAUAAAAAACUUCUCUAAUUUAGGGCUAAUGUGUAACUUAGGAAUGUUUCUUUCAAAAUAGUCUAACAAAUCAGCCAUAGAAGUUAGUGUAAAUAUUUUUUUUCCAAAUAGAUAUCAUAUACAAAAGGUGACAUUCAAAUGAUAUAGAAUCUAGUUUUUAAAUCAGCACAGAUCUUCUUAAAACUGUGAACUAUGUUUUGAAAUACUCGUUGCUAAAGCUGUUUAUAAACCACAGGUGCCAUAAGAUCCCUGAACUGACUGAUGUUACGUAUAAUCCUCCAUGGUAUUGUUUCAUUGAUGUUUUAGCUUUAGUAAGCAUGUGUUCAACAAACCAGCUCUUUCCAUCUCUCUGCCCCUCCUCUUCCUCCCCGCCCCCUUCCAUUAUGUUAUUUUCGAGGCCUUCAGCUUUAAAUGUACAGGCUUAAAGUGCGCUUGCAACUGUUUUCUUUUGAUUUCCGAAUGUGUACUGCCUUAGCCAGCCACCAGAUGUUCUGCAUGCCCUCUUGGAAAUGUGUGGUGAGACUCUUUCGGAGCUGGAUGGAGAAAUAGCGAUCAGUGAAAAGCACAAGGAGAGCAGUGGAUUCUUGCGAAAGGACAGGCAUACAGGUACAGAAUUGGAGUUUCGUCCAGUUUAGUAUUUUUCCAGUAUCAAGGCAUUUCAGGAGAAAGAGGACUGACAUGGCCAUUAGGCAGGGUUAGGCAGUGAGGCUGCUGGCUAAAAAGUGUUUGCUCUGCUGUGACUACAAACCUACAGAUACUCCUGAGCGGGCAUUGACACAAACUAGCAUCAACGUGCUCCCCAGAGCACCCUGCUCUGAAACAAAGGUGACACUUCUGUGGCACAUGGCGCUGCUGUGCAAAGGAGCCAGAGCCAGGCCAGGGGCAGCUGGAGCAGCAGCCGGGCAGGGACACCAGGAGGUGUUCCAUGCUGGCCACCUGGCCCUCCUGAGCUGCGCAGGGUUAGCUGGGGGCCGCCUCUGUGCCAAGGUAACUUUACCGCCCUAAUGCAAGACUGGGCUUCCAGUACCUGGCUGACCUGAAGUGACACUGUCUAACAGCCCUGAAAACAGUGGUGUUUCAUACAGAUAUUUCACACCAGCACAGUUUGCCUACAGCAAGUGAUGAGAUACCCAUCUAAAGCAGGUUAACGUGGCUUGUCUGUCCUUGCUUUCAUGGUGACGUGGAUGUGUGCUGCCGUGUUUACAUGAGAUUGCUAUGUAGCUCGACCCAGUAAGUCCACUUGUUUGCAUGCAUUCUCCAGGCUCGUGGCUGUUUCCCUGGGCACUAUGUGUUAGGGAAUGAGUAUCUGUAUGAAAGAGCUGCUGCCAUGUUUCACUUUUCAUAUCAUUUCAUUGUGUAUGCAGAUCUCUUUGUAUAUUCUUGCGUUCCUGGGCUUGCUCUCAGACAUCCAAACACAUACUAAGGGAUCCAGAUAUCUUCAUGUAAGCUUUUCAUUUUGCAAUCACUGGUCUUUGCUCCUGGGUAUGUGCCAUGCUGGCAAGGCAGGCACCAUAUCCUCCACUGUCUCCUCCUCCAACCUCCUCUCAGGAAUGAGUUAGCCUCCACUAGUGCCUAGCACUCCAUGUUUUAAGCUACUCCAGUGAACCUGUAGACAUUGCUGUCAGCUCAGGAUUCCAGGCAAGCAUUUCCUGAACAGGGAGAAAACAAGCUAGAACACAGCUAUGUGCAAUGGCUGAUUAAUUCAACCCAUGUCAUGUUUAACUGUACCCAAAGUAAUAGAUCCCUCUCAUCACCUUAAUGUCUGCGUGCUCAUUGUCACCAUGCUUAAAAUAGAUGCACUUGACUAAAUCCAUUGCAAGAGCUUCCAAACUAGGAGUAAGAACUGAAGUUGACUAAUCAAGCACCUUCUUUUAGGCUGGUGUCAAUAAGAUGAUCCCUUAGGAGUUCUGGGUCCCUUAUGCCCUGGAGCUCUGAGAUGGAGCACCUGUUACUUAGCUCUGCAAAUGUCUAUUUUAAGCAUUUUUCCAACUGUUAAGCUGGCUGCAUUUUCUCCCAGCUGGUCUUUGUCUGUUUGUUGACUAUUAUUUUGGUUGUGGUUUGCGGUCAUUAAAACGAACACAGUUACAGAAGAGGUCCCUGGUGUGGCCUUUUUCUUAAUUACCAAUGGCCCGCCACAACCGUCAGUAGUCCGGGUGGUUUUGCUGUCACUGGAGGAAAACCAGUGGUUUGGAAUCAGGAGACAGGGAUGUGAAGAUGUAUAGGGUCUUUGAAUGUCCAAAGCGAAGGUGGAGAAUGGGUUGUCUGUAAGUAGUGAUGUUAACUAAACUGCAUAAAAAGGUGUGUGGCCUUUGUUGUGAUAUAAUAUGUAUUUUCUUAUAUGCAUGAGCCAAAUUGUUGCAUCAUAAUUUAUCAUAAGUGUGUCCGCCUUUACUUUCAGUCGUCACCUUCUCCCAUUCUUAUUGGUUCUUGGCAAUUACUGUAGAUAGACCUUGUAAAUAUUGCAACCUUGGGUUGCUGUAAUCACACUGGUUCAAUUCAGCAGAUGGAGCUGUGAACAACAAGCACUCCACAGUGUCCUGAAGAACAAAAGGGCAUUUUUACCUUUGAACCAAAAACAAAACAAAAAAAAGUAUGAAGAGUUACAUCUUGAGGCUACUAACUGCAACGCAUUUUUAAAACACUGUACUUGACACCACUUGAGACAGAUACAGAGACACUAAAAAUGUCACAAUAUUCAUUGGUAUUGUAACAGAACUGCUAUUGUAUGGGGUUUUUGUAUUGCUGUUAAGUAUUGUUUUGUGUGUGUGUGUUGGAACCUACUGGGGACAUGUUAUAUUUUGAAGUGAUUAAACUAUUUAAUUGUGUGUCUAUAUUUUGGAAUGGAAUUAUUUCUUCAUUAAAAAGAUUUUUAAAAGGAA